ACAGCAGCCGAGCAGCACUGCAGUGAGCUGCAGCUCUGUCUCUGCUCGCUGUCUUUGGUUCUCCUCGACGACUUCUCCCCGUUUCCCUGAUUUUUAUUCGUUCAUGUUCCUCCCCAGGAAUUUGCACCGAAAGAUAAUCCCUAAAUGCCAGCCCCCCUCGCCCGCUGGGAGGACAGCUGGUGCGCUGAUAACAUUGGAGUCGGGGUUGCCCUUGACUUGGGCAGGAGUUAGGAGGAGCAGGGGACGACGAUCAUGCAACCUGAUGAAAGAACUGACAUUAUUGCGGCUGUGUGAUCUGCAUCGGCAGGGCUGUCAGGGAUGCUCUGUGAAUUAAUGUCAUCCCUGCUCCCGACCCAGGAGCACCAGCGUCCUGCUGAAGCAAGCAUCUGCAGGGAGCCCUGGCCCCGGAGCUCCGCUGGCCGAGCAGAGGAGGCCUGAGCGGUCUCCACCUCCGGAUUAUGGUGGAUGGUGGCAGAAGGCAAGUGUGCAUGACAAGAUAAACAAACCCAGAGCUGUCUGCUGUCCUGCAGCAGAGAUAAAGUAGAGGCUGUGAGCGUGCUUGUCAUUGUUGCUUUUUUUGGUCUCUUUGUGGGAGUAGGUGUUCCUAUUAAUAAUAGAUGUGAUGGCCAGCAGCCCCUGAACUGUAAAUGUGUUCUUUGACUGGGCCGGCUUCUUUUUUUGAACCUCUAAAGAAAAUUGACUGAAAAUGAUGGCUGACCACGAGGAAGCAGAGCUGUCCGAGUCCCUUCAGAAGGAGGACGGGUUUUCCAGCGAGGUGGAGGAUCCAGGUACGAACUUCAAAUCUAAAAGUUUGCCUGUUUUAAGCGAAGCUGCAUCUCAUGAGAAAACCUUACUGGCGAGCUCAGUGCGGAUGUCCAUAACGGCUGAGGAGAGCACAGAGUUCAUCCAGAACCCGCCCAACACUGAGUCGUUCCAGGCCGAGUCCCCAACGAGAGCAAACUACCCGCCAAAGCCAGGGAAGUCGGCGCUGAAUAGGCCGGCCUCGUACAUGGAGAACACGGAGAUCCGAAGGAGUAAACACAUGGCUAGGAGGAAGCCCCCGGGGUUUUUCGCAGCCAGGCUAGCUCAGAUUCGUCUGCCCAGUCGGAAGCACCUUGGCGUCAUCUUGCAGGACUCUCGCUGCUUCCUGUUCUGCAUGUGCUACCUGACGUUCAUCCAGUCGCUCAUGGUGUCUGGCUACCUCAGCAGCGUCAUCACCACCAUAGAGAAAAGGUACAGCUUGAGGAGCUCAGAGUCUGGCCUGCUCGUCAGCUGUUUCGACAUCGGGAGCCUCCUGGUGGUCGUCUUCAUCAGCUACUUUGGUGGGCGGGGCCAGAGGCCUCGCUGGCUGGCAGUGGGGGGCAUUUUCAUCGCUGUGGGUGCUGCCCUAUUCUCCUUACCUCAUUUCAUCUCCCCGCCCUACCAGAUCCAGGAGGUCAACUCAUCUUCGGCCAACGAGGGCCUGUGCAUGAAUAGCAAUGCCAGCAGCAGGGAUCGCGUUGACAUCACUUCCUGUCCCAGAGACCAGGAGGGCAACGAGCACAACCUGUACGUGGCGCUGUUCGUCAUCGCUCAGAUCCUGGUAGGCAUGGGGUCCACGCCCAUCUACACGCUGGGGCCCACCUACCUGGACGACAAUGUGAAGAAGGAGAAUGCCUCGCUGUAUCUAGCCAUCAUGUACGUGAUGGGAGCGCUGGGCCCAGCAGCUGGCUACCUGCUGGGUGGAGUCCUCAUCGGCUUUUACGUGGACCCCAAGACUGUUGUCAACAUCGACCAGAGUGAUCCCCGCUUCAUUGGAAACUGGUGGAGCGGGUUCCUGCUGUGCGCCAUAGCCAUGCUGCUGGUCAUCUUCCCCAUGUUCACCUUCCCCAAGAAACUGCCGCCCCGACACAAGAAGAAGAAGAGGAGGAAAAAGCUGAGUCUGGACGACCUGUCCAGUGACGACGACGUCCUCAAGGAGAAGAGCAACAACAACAAGACCCAGACGGUCACUUCGUCCAUGGGCUUUGGCAAGGACAUCAAAGACCUGCCUAAAGCCGCAGUGAGGAUCCUCAGCAAUGUGACUUUCUUGUUUGUCAGCCUGUCCUACACGGCAGAGAGCGCCAUCGUAACUGCUUUCAUCACUUUCAUCCCUAAAUUCAUCGAGUCUCAGUUUGGGAUCCCUGCCUCCAAUGCUAGCAUCUACACUGGUGUGAUUAUUGUACCCAGUGCCGGCGUGGGGAUCGUCCUGGGCGGCUACAUCAUUAAGAAGCUGAAGCUGGGCGCUCGCGAGUCGGCCAAGCUGGCCAUGAUCUGCAGCGGCGUGUCCCUGCUCUGCUUCUCCACGCUGUUCAUCGUGGGCUGCGAGAGCAUCAACCUCGGAGGGAUCAACAUCCCCUACACCACCGGACCUACACUCACUAUGACGCAGAGGAACCUGACCGGAGGCUGUAAUGUGAACUGCGGCUGUAAAAUCCACGAGUACGCUCCGGUCUGCGGCUCUGAUGGCAUCACAUAUUUUAACCCCUGCCUAGCUGGCUGUGGCAGCGUGGCCAACGACAGCACUGGGAUCCGAAACUACUCCGACUGCGCCUGCGUUCAGAGCCGGCAGGUCAUCACGCCGUCGACCGGCAGUCAGGGCAGCAACCAGCUGCAGCUCGUCAUCGUCAAGACCUACCUGAACGAGAACGGCUACGCCGUGUCGGGGAAGUGCGACCGCACCUGCAAUACGCUCAUCCCCUUCCUCAUCUUUCUCUUCAUCGUCACGCUCAUCACUGCCUGCGCUCAGCCCUCCGCCAUCAUUGUCACCCUCAGGUACGCCUUUAUGAAUCACUCACUGUGAGGAGGAUGGGAUGUCAAUGUUUU